AGUAACUGUUAGUCAAUUCACCUUGGUAAUGUAUCAUCCACCGGCCAUGACCCCGGUGACAUCAGUCAAGCAGCUGUUUCUUUCAAAUUCGGUAAGAGCCGGUUAACGGUCUGAUAUUGGCCACACCUUCUGAUGUGUGUAUAGAUAUAGAAGAAAAGCUAACCCGGCGCGCUUGGCUACACAAUGCAAAUUGAAAUACAACGAUUAUUUAAUGAAGAGACACAAAUUGAACAUGAGACGCGAAUGCAAAGACGUGUUUUGUUACAAAUUAAAAAAAAGAAUUAAACCAAAUUGAUAUAACUGUAUACAGAUGUGCAUAUAUGUAAUUCACUAAACCGUGCCGCAAUAUAUUGUAUUUGCUCUACCACUACUCCUUGUUGAUGUGUCUUGCAACAUUCUAUAACAAACUGUGAACAGCCCAAGUUGGUGUUGAUAAAUAUAUGAAAUUUCUCCGAAAUCUCGUAAAAAAUUUAGAUUAAUAAAUCCAACAGAACGGCAACCUAUCAAUCAGCUGAUUUGUUUGUUUUGUUUUUUGUUUAAAAAAGCGCUAUAAAUUUCAACAAACCGGUUUCGGUUGUAAAGAAUGUGUAAAAGGUGUAUGAUACUAAUUCGCGUAUAGACUCACAAGGCAAAGCAUCAAGUAAACAAACCGAAUUUCUCAACAAAAAGGCAACAGAUUGAUUGCGUGUGCUGUCUUUCUAACUAACAGCAACGACGACUUGAGUUUCACUUCGCAGCAAGUGAAGUUGACGCAUAGUCGUUGAAGAAAAUUUAAAGUAAACUGGCACAAAGAGCUUAUGCCAAAGUAUAACUUCUUGAGUUAAUCCUUAACUUUUGGCGAAAAAAAUAUAUAUAGUGCAAAAUGUGGAAACGUAUAUCUAUCCAAACAGGCCUCCUACAGGUUGGCAGAGGCAAAUAUCAGUUUCGCUUGCGCUCUUUGGCACCUGCUUUCACUUUAACUUUUACGCAACCCAAUUUACGUGCAUUAACGUCAACGUCAGCAGCGAAGCCAACGCCUCCGAAACAUGACUGGAAUCGUGCUGUCAGCGAGGCAGAACGUAUUGUAGGCUACCCCACCUCAUUCCUCAGUUUACGAUGGCUUUUGAGUGAUGAAAUCGCGAAUGUAGCUUUACAUCUGCGGAAACUAGUGGGUAGCAAUCAUCCUCUACUUAAGACGGCAAAGCAUUUACUUUAUAAUGGUAAAAACACAAUGCAAGCCUGGGGCCUAAUUGUGCUUUUGAUAUCAAAGGCCGCUGGUCAUGCACCUUCAGUACCAGAUAUGGAGCAAGAUAAAAGCGCCGGAGUGCUGCAUUCCCAACGCGCUUUGGCUGAAGUCACAGAAAUGAUUCGAAUCUCCCAUUUAGUGCACAAUAGCUUGGUAAAUUUGCAACCAUCAUCAGAGGCGGGGAAGGAUACCGCCUCUUAUGAAGACAUGGCAUUUGGUAACAAAAUCGGUUUACUCACUGGGGACUAUCUACUUGGUCACUCAAGCGCUGAAUUAGCUAACCUACGCAAUCAAGAAGUGGUGGAGUUAAUUUCCUCCGCAGUUCGUGAUUUUUCGGAGUCGCAAUUCAUUGGAGAGCGUGACGAACAAAAUAAUCCAUUACCAAAAAAACCUGGAACUGAAACACCUAAAGCGAAUGGCACAGCAACAACAGAAAGCAUAGAUUUCGACGUGAAUGAUGUUAUGAUACCUAUGAAUAUCUCUAAAGUUAUGGGCAUUCCAGAAAAAGAAUGGGAAUGUCGAAAUAUAUUAAACGCAGGCAGUCUGCUUGGUAAAGCAUGUCAGGGUGCUCUAAAAUUGGCCGGACAAAGCGAAGAUAUGCAACGACAAGCAUAUCUUUUUGGCAAGCAUUUGUCGUUGGCAUGGCAGGCAUGUUUAGAUGCCGAGCCCUUUCAGAGUAGUACACUACCGAUGGAUACCACAUUUAGUCUGGUAAGCGCGCCAGUUCUAUUUCAUCUUGAAUACGACCCUUCACUGUAUGAGGAAAUUGAAAAAGGGCGAGUAUCAGUAGAAAAUAUCGACUACGCCAAGAUACACAAAUCAAUUCUAGCUGGACCGGGUCUGGAAAAGACCAAAGCUUUACAGCGCAAACAUACGACGGCAGCAAUGGAAGUGUUAAAAAAAUUCCCUCCUACUGAUGCACGCACAGCUUUGGAAAACAUUAUUUUAGCAAUGCAGGACUUGUAAUUAGAGAUAAAAAUGCACAAAACAAUUUGACCGAUAACAAAUAAAGUCGGAUAUUUAGUUUUUGUACUAUCUUAUAUAAUAUUUAUUUAACCUCUUCGGUUAUUGGCUCAUUACAAUUGUUGUUUUUUACUCUAUGU